AUGACAAACCUAGUCACUCCUUCCUUUGGGAAGCUAGUCGCAUCCAAAACGCUUGAUGGCCAUACUGGUUGGAUUUGGGAUGUCACUCUUUCUAACAAUGGCCAAAUUCUGGCCUCGGUCUCCAAUGACAUGAUGAUCCGUCUAUGGAACCCCAACACCGGUCUCCAGCGCGGCGCUGCAAAAGACAACGGCCAUUCCCACUGGGUGCGCGCUGUGAGAUUUUCUCCGGCAGGCCGAUUCUUAGCCACCGCGUCCGAUGAUAUGACCAUUCGCAUCAGCGAUGUAAAUACCGGGUUCACCUACCGCAUGCUGCAAGGCCACACCGGCAAAGUGCGAGCGGUGGAGUUCUCCCCCGACGGAAGAACCCUCGCUUCAGCCUCAGAUGAUUUCACGGUCCGACUGUGGAAUGCGAGCUCGGGCUCGCUACUCAAGACCCUCACUGGGCACUCGGGCUGGGUACGGGCGGUUGCCUUUUCACCUGACGGCAAGACUGUCGCUUCAACUUCGGACGAUAACACAAUUCGCCUCUGGGAUACAACUACCGGCAAUGAAAUCCAUCAACUUACUGGCCAUGAAACAUCAAUCAGGGCUGUCUGCUUCUCUCCUAAUGGGAAGCUGCUCGCGUCCGGGUCGCAGGACAAGGACGUGCGCAUCUGGGAUACGACUUCUGGCGACCUGCUCAACGUUCUCCGCGGUCACUCGGGACCUAUUCGCGUGAUCGCAUUUUCUACUGAUGGGAACCAGGUGGCGUCUGCGGCUGAUGACCAGACGAUCCGCGUAUGGGCUGCCCCACUAGGGUUUGUCUGCGUCAGAGUCUUAACGGGGUAUUCCGGAUGGGUUCGUGCCAUGACUUUGUCUAGCGAUGAAAACAUGGUAGUCUACACAUCUGAUGACAUGACUAUCAAGAUCUGGAACUCGGCGUGA